UACAUGACGUAUCUAAAUGCGCCGGGAGCACUCCUGUUAGCUGCGGUGCUUUCAGUUUUUAGACUGCUCGCUUCAUCAGCCUCCCUGAGCCCGGGAAACAAACAGCAGUGGGCUGAGAUAUCUGGUUUUAAACCACUCAUCUUUAACUAAUUGGGUGACAUCAGUGUCCGCGCAGCUCCGCUUAAGAAGAGUUUUCAGUCACAGUAAGUUAGAGUGACAGCUCAGUUAGCUUUGCUAGCCGCAUUAGCUAGCUAGCCUGCCCUUUGCCUGGCGUCAUUUCCUACUUUUGAAAAUCGCGGCCAGCAAGCAACGAGACAGCGAUGGAGCUGCAAGUGGGAACUGAACCGAUGACCCUGGGCUCGCCCACCUCUCCUAAGCCAGCCUCUGGAGCUCAGUUUCUGCCUGGCUUCUUGAUGGGCGACCUGCCAGCUCCAGCUAGCCCCCAGCCACGCCCCUUCAGCCUGACCAUGCCCAUCGUGGAGAGCACAGGUACGCCCCGAGGGGGAGGAAGUGGAGGAGGAGGAGGCUCUGCCCCUCAGCCUGUUGUCCCCACACCUAAGGACAAAAGUGGAGCCCCACCUGUCCGCAGUAUCCAUGACGACUUGGUUACUAUAGCGACGCCUCCCACUGCACACAGACAGUCCUUCCCAGUUAUGCAGUCUCCUCUGUCUGCACGUCAGGCCUUGACUCCAGGAGCAGGUGUACAGCAGGUGUGCCUGUCUCCAGCUCAGGUGGAUCCGUUCUACAGUCAGGGAGAGUCUUUGUCAUCUGACGAUCAGCUGGACCAGACCUGGGUCACCGUGUUUGGUUUUCCUCCGGCCUCAGCCUCCUACAUCCUGCUGCAGUUCGCUCAGUACGGAAACAUCCUCAAACACACGAUGGCGUCUCCUGGUAACUGGAUGCACCUUCAGUAUCAGUCCAGGCUUCAGGCCAGGAAAGCUCUGUCUAAGGAUGGAAAAGUGUUUGGUGAUGCCAUCAUGGUGGGAGUGAAACCCUGUAUAGAUAAGAGUGUGAUGGACAGCAGUGAAGCUGUCUCUGCUCCCCUCUCCUCCUCCUUCUCCUCCUCCAACCUCCCCUCCACUCCCCGCUCAGCCAUCAGACCGCUCAGUGCCGCCUACAGGAGCUCUGGCAGUGACUACCAGGUGGUAGCAGACAGACAGACGCCCAGGAAGGACGACAGCUUUGUGUCUAAAGCGAUGGAGUAUAUGUUUGGCUGGUGACAUUUCACAGUGCAUCAUGGGAUACCUGCGGCCUCAGAGGAGAGAAGAACUGAUAGAUGAACUGAUUCACUACACUGUGUGUGUGUGUUUGAUUGAGUGUGAAUGUGUGUGUGUGUGUGUGUGUGUGCUGAGGUGGAGGAUCUUUCUCUCUCUUCUUUUAUAAUCUGUUUUUUUACUGUCUCUGUCUCAAUAAAGUUGUCUCUGGUUUGAAUUCUACAAA